AUGCAAGAUCUUUCAAUGUAUGAACAAUAUUAUCCACGGUUUCCCUUUGUAGAGGACUCUGCCCCAGUGUUCGGUUCUGUAGACCUCCUUCUCUAUUAUCAUGGUAGAAUCUCCCAAGAUAAGGAGGUUGCACGAGGGCAAAUCGAGAAAGCUGGUAGUAUUAAGAAGCGGCUUAACCAAGCAGCAGACGCCACAGAUCCGACCCAGCCUACAUUUGCUCAAUCAGUACCAUUUGCACCUUUCCAAACUACUGAAGAUGAUAACAAGAAGGCAGUAGCAGCUGCUGUUGCUGCUAAGCUUGCUGCAUCUGCGUCCUCUGCCCAGAUGCUUACAUCUGUUCUUUCUUCUCUUGUAGCUGAAGAAGCUGCCUCCUUGGGUUCUACAGGAUUACCUAUUUCCAACCCAGAGAAAAGACCCAAACUUGAAAAACCAACGCCUGUUCUUGAUGUUAACAGUUCUGAUAUGACCAACUCUUCCUUUUACGCUGCCACUAUACAACAGCCAUCACUGGCAAGUGUACCACUUUUACCGUCAGGUGGGAUACAAACUGCGUCUCAAGCCAAUCAAUUACAAGCUACAUUUUCUUCAGCCCCCCCUCCCCCGCCUCAUUCUUCAGCAAAUCAACCAUCAAACCAAUAUGUCCACUCAACUGGUUUGAUGGCUGGGGCAAUUCCUUAUGGAUAUGGACCAAAUAGCUUACCGCCUCCACCUCCUCCUCCUUUGCCUCCACAUGUGGCAAUAGGGUUGUCAAUGCCUGGUAAUCAACCAGCACAACAGCAACAGCAGUCUCCACCUGGAGGGUUUUACAGGCCACCUGGCAUAGGGUUUUAUGGGCAAAGCCACCCAUCAACACCACCACCGGUACCUAGGCAGUGA